AUGACUCAGCUCUAUUUGUCUUUUGUUUGCUUGCUGGCGCUGGACUCAGCUUUUGGCGCCGCAACUCCAGCGCCCGACGUGAGAUGCAAAAGUGCGGACAUGUUUGGGAUCAUAGAGGUCGGUUGUUGGGGCUACAGGAAGUGUGUCAAUGGAGUUUACAUUGAACACAUUUGUCCGGACAAACAGGUCCUGGACAAGGAAACUGAACAGUGUCACGU